GUUCAAAAUUCGGUUUACAGCGAGUGUUACGAAUCAAGUGGUUGCCAUGAUGAUAGGCGAUAAUUAUCGCCUAGAAUUACAUAAAUACCAAAUCUUGUGACACGUGAUAAUUAUCGUAUACGACUUUCAUCACUGAUUUCAAGAAUACGGCCCCUAUAGUGUCGAACACGAACAUCAAGCAAAGAUCAUUUCACAUCUCUACUAUAUGUCAAACUGUCAACAUUGUACCGUCAAAUGUCAAGAGAAGCAAGACAAAAUGUCAAAUAGUCAAAUUCAAAAAUUAACGUAAAAUCUGCUCGAAAGAACAUUGGUAACCGACUAUUCAUAAGUAUUUAAAUUACUUUCUGGUAAAAAUAGCAAAUUUAGUUUAAAUGAUGGAUGAUAUAAUUACCUUUAAUAAAAGCCUGCAACAGCGAUACCAAGAAUACCGAGAAGUGUUCGGAGGGCUUCCUGUUCCCUACAGAAAGUUGAACAAAUGUUGGACCUUUUACCUUCAAUUUACAGUAGAUGUCAUAGGAUGGCAGGCCGUUUGGAAAAUACCAAGACUCACUUGCGAAUCUCUGUGCAUUACCUUCCCUUCGUUUGUCUUGGUUUUGGUACUGGAAAUCGAUUUUGAAAAUCUUGAGGCAUUGGUGAGGGUACUGGCUGUGAGAGAUGACAUUGUUAUUCCAGACAUUCACAGAGUGCAAUUGAUUCAGUUGUGGGUGACGAAAGAUCAGGAUAAGUCUAUAGCUUUAAAUUUGGAGUCCACAGCUAAUUCCAUAGAUAUGCUGAGGUUUUUCUAUUUGUAUUUAGUGAGACCUUGGGAUGAAGAUGAGGAGUCAGAUUGGGUUUCAAGUCAUCUGGAGAGCAGACUGAGGUUAUACUAUGAUCUGAAGAGUGGUUCCAUACCAAGAGCAUGUGCUGAACAUAUACAUUCAUUGUUGACUCAAGCAAGAAGUUUGGCAAACAAGAGAGACUUCUUAAGGAAAAAGAUAACUCGAGAUUGCUUGGAAGAAGACUUGUAUAUGGAUACCUUUACGAAAAUUUACUGUGAGUUACUAGAACUGCAGCCUCAUAUAGAUAUGGCAGAGGAUCCUCUAUUAAGGGAUUUCUUAGUAAAAAAACUGACCAAUAUGAGUUCGGGUGACCAAAGAAGUGAAGAAGAGACAUGGAUAAUAUAUGAUCAAGGCACAGCUAAUGAUUACAUGAACUUUUUAGAGAAAGUCAAAGAAGUAUAUCCUACCGAAACAUUUAGGAUAACAGACAGCUUAGCCGCAAAAUUGGUGAACUGCAAUUCAAAAAAAGCCCGUUUCAUUCUGAGCGAAUCUAAACACCAUAUCAACACAACUGGAAUUCUGGAGGAAGGCGGAGAGUUGAGAGGUAUAGGUUUGAGAGAAAAUAUCCAGCUAUUAUCUGACAGAGAUGAUAUUAUGCUGGACUUUAGUAUUGGGCAUACGGUAAUAGAAAAUGUCACAAUUAAUUGUGGUGAAGCACAGUGCGGAAUUUUAGUGAGGAAUAGCAAAUUAUUACUCAAAAACUGCAAAAUCAUUGGAGAUGGUAAAUCAUCAACCCCAGAAGGUUUAAUAGUCCUUUCAGGAGGAGAGGCUGAGUUGGAGAGUUGUGAUAUAAGCGGCUUUUCCGAAGCUAUUGUUGGCAACUCAGGAUCAAUCAUUAUACUAAGAAAUUGCAGUUUAAGCAGGGUUGAAGUUGGUAUGAAGGUGUUUGAAGAUUGCAAGGUUAGCGUGGAGAAUACUAGAAUUGAGAAUUGCAGAGAAUAUGGCAUUAUAUUAGAAACAACUCAAAAUAUUGAUGGAGGAUGUAUUGUUGGAGGAUUUGAUAUUUUGAAUCAAUAUAAAGGAACAGCAGUUACACAGAUUACCGGAUCAUCCAACAGUAAAGGAGAUGCGCUCGUUAAAACAAAAGCGAAGCUAAAGCCUGUCGAGGAUUUAUUUUCGAAUCCCAAUUUUGAUCCAACUAUUAUUGAAUCAGAGGAAAUGGAUUUUAAUGGCGAAUUGAUAAUGAAUGGCGAUUUGGAUAACUUAUAAGUGCUGUUAAAAAUGUAAAAUAUGUAUUUGUGUUCUUGGAAUUACAUUUUGAUUCACGUUUUUUUUAAGUUUGCAUUUUUUUUCGGAGUGUAGUAACUGUCGUUCGUAUAAUUUGCAUUACAGGAGCCAAAUAGUACCCCUGAUAAGUUAUAGGCUGUAAAAGUGAUGUCAAAUUUCGAAAAAAUAAACAUCUCGUUUAUUCUUGAACUUGAAAAAUGUAAAUUUAGAGCACUUCUUGAGUCUAUCAAAGAGCAUUAAUUGACGGCAAUGAAAGAUCAAUUGAAGCAUCUUAAUGGAUUCAAAAGGGAUGAUGCGCCCAGAAGUUCUACGCGGAC